UAGUUCAGCGGUCCAGCGAAAACGAACAGACCUCUUAUGUGUAGGUGAAACUUAAUCUUUUAUUUUUUGUGGAGCUGACGCUUAACCUUCUAUUUUUUGAUGGUGCGUAUAUUAUGACGUAUACGAAAUUUUGUAUUAAAUAAAUUAAAUGAAAGAAUAUAGAAAAAGGAACGAGGGAUAAAAUUGUUGUGAAUAUAUAUAAAUAUUGUGAUCUUCAGAUUUUGGAAAAGAGACGAAAAACACGAUAAAGUUUCAAACGAAAAAGUAAAAAUGGAGCAGGACUUAAAAUCUAAAAUCGACCAAGCAUGUAGAACUGCAGAGGAGUUCACAAAACUAUAUUAUGAGAAUCUAGACAAGCGGAGAUACUUACUCUCAAGAAUGUACAUGGAUACCGCGAAUCUGAUAUGGAAUGGAAAUGGAGUUGAAGGCAAGGAUAACAUACAAAAGUUCUGGACAGAUCUGCCAACAUCCGUGCACAACAUUCUUACUCUUGACGCUCAGCCAAUUACAGGUUUAGAAGCGGCUACCCAGUUGACAUUCCUAAUCAAAGUUGGUGGACAUGUCAAGUACGAGGAGAAAAACGCCAAGUCGUUUAAUCAAACUUUCCUAAUUACGGCUGUGGGUGACAAGUGGAAAAUUGUAAGCGACUGUUUCCGAACGCAAGAAAUAAUGGGGAAUACGAGCUGAGAAUGAGCUAGCUACAUGGACGUUGUGUAAUAUAACAUAACUGCGAUAUAUCGCAGUUACCUUGAUACAUGAUACAACGGUAACUCUGUGAACUCAAGAUUUUAGAUAUGUAUUAUAAUAUGUAUUUAUAAUAAAUACAAAUUGUAAAAAGCCAAAGAUAGUAUACAAUAGUGCAGUAGCAGUAAAGUACAAUAUUAACAGCACUGUUCCAGGACGAUGCUAUGCAGUUGCUCAAACCAAGAGAAACAACUUAGUUUGGUAAUUAUUUUUAUUUUCAUCUUUAAUCUUAUAUCAAUGUAUAAAGCAAUAUUAAAAUUUUGUAUUAGUGAA